AUGGAUAGUGACGGAGGAUCUGGUACCAUUGGCGGUGGAAUCGGCAUGGCAGGUGGCGACGGCGGAAUCGGCAUGGCAGGUGGCAGCAGGGGGAGAAAUGAACUCAAACUUGAAGCUGAAUCUCGUCGGAAAGCUCAACAACGUCUUCCCCAAGCUGUGGGCUUACCUCCGUUACGGGUAUUUGCGGAUGGUAGUACUUUUAUAAAAGACUGUAGCAACUCACAUUCAGAUCUAUUUGAUGAAAUAGUUGAUCAAACCACAGACAUAUGCUGGGCUCUAGUUUUGGCUUUGAUUCUACAGUAUGCCUACAAUAAAGAUCGUCCACGUAAUCAACGGGAAACUUUGGACGUAGAAGGGUUUGCGAGAAAAGUCAAAUUGACAAAUGAAGAGAUACUAGCUCACAAAAAGUUGGAUUCAAAGGCCAUGGCUGUUGGUUCUUUGAAGAAAGCCAUGAACCAUAUAUCCUCUGUAGGAAUUGAAAGAGCUGAUGGAAGGAAGAGACCAGGACAAGAUGUUUUCACAGUAAAAGGUGUAUUUGUUCCCGAAGAAAUUGUUCAGUUGUUUGACAAGUACGGUCCUCUUGGUAUCACUGUUGAUUUGACCCCUGGUCUUCUUCAAUUAAAAGAGGGAAUUUACAUGGUUCCUAAGCCCCGAGAUGGAGUACUAAGACAUGCUCUCACAAUCGUUGGAUACGGAAUGACAAAGGACGAUAAGAUAUUUUUUGGUGUGAUAAACACAUGGGGGGAGAGGUGGGGAGUCAAAGGGCAUGGAAGAAUAAUGAUUGAAGGCACUACCGAUGAUAUUUUUUUCCUGGGAGAACUGAAGUAG